AUGGCUGUUCUUCCAGGUUCAUCCGUCAACGCCACCACUUUCAGCAAUGUGACUGCACUGGUUAUCGGAUGGGUAUCAGGCCCUAAUAGCAGAGGCACUAUUGACAUAGUCUGGGGAUCUUUCUUUACCAUUUUCCUCUGUACAUGGACGGCGGUGUGUCUCAACAUUCCCCAUCCUCAAGAACUCCCUCUUCAAAUCCUAAGAAGGAAGGUGAAAUGGAUGUUCUGGGCCAUUGUAGGCCCAGAACUGGUUCUGUCGGUAGCAAUCGGCCAAUAUGCUUCAGCACAGCGGUCAGUUAAACGAUUUCGCCACCUUGGCCAUCCACAAUGGACUCUCCGAAAUGCUUUCUUCGCCGAUAUGGGUGGCAUUCUGCUCCAGCCUAAAGACAGCACACCGUUUUCUGUCAACAGCCGCCAAUUGGCAUACUUGGUGCAGAAUAAAUACCUGGAAUACCCCAGCAUUACCGCAGAAGAAAUCUGGGAUAAGUCCAAGGCCGAUACGCUCAGCAAAAUCCUCACAUUAAUACAAGCCAGUUGGCUUAUCUGCCAGCUCCUGGGUCGAGCAAUCUUACAUCUCCCAGCAUCGACUCUAGAGCUAUCCGCUGGCGCAAUAGUCUUCUGCACUUUCGGUACAUUUCUCUGUUGGCUCCACAAACCGAGUGAUGUGAAAAGGGGCAUCGUGAUCACGACGGAGGCCACGACCAAGGAGAUCCUCAUCAAAGCCGGUGACGCAGCCGCAGCCCCAUACCGACAUACUCCUCUGGAUUUCGUGGCGAAGCAGUCGUUCACGUGUGGUUACGAUAUAAUGGGGUUCUUCAAUCUCCGUUGCGAUGACCGCGAGAGGCCGCUACGACGCUUUCCCAACGAUCGGUUCCCCGAUAUUAGCCCCCUUGAGAAGUUCGUCCUCUUCUGCAUGACAACGGCUUACGCCGCAAUCCACUUGAUCGGAUGGCGAUUCAACUUUCCGUCGCGAACCGAGGCAUUGUUGUGGCGCGUUUCAAGUCUGAUUGUCACCGGCACAACGGUUCUCUUUUGGGUUUUUGAGACCAUAGCAGCUCGCCAGCGAUAUGGCAGAUGGGACAAAUAUUUCAUAUUGCUCCAUCUGAAAAAACCGCUGCCCCGGCCAACGGCCGACGAAGAGACUGGAGUUGCCAGUGAAACUACUCCCGACGAAACCCAAGAUGCCUCGAACAGGGAUCCGAUAAAGCCAGUGGCACACCAAGCCACCAUGGAGCGUUUAGACGCAUUUGAAAAGCAACAAGAGAAGGCAAAGCCUAUCCUGGUCUGGGAGGUGGGACUCAUAUUCCCCGUUGUAAUACUCUACGCGGUUUCAAGAGGGUACAUGAUCAUUGAAGUUUUCCUGGGCUUGAGAGCAAUGCCACUUGAAGUGUAUGAAACUUUUAGCAUCGCGCAGAUAUUACCACACUGGUGA